GUUCUUCGGCCCAAAGAAAUCUUCUGGGUUUGGAGGAGGGGCGUGCGCUCGGGCGGGAAAAAGGCAAAAUAGGAUUACUAGGGAGCGCGCCGUUUCGGUUCCUGUUCUCAGAGUCGCGCGGCCGGGGAACUGCCGUUUGCACGAGGGGGAAAAGCGAGAGUCCCAGGAAGAAAACUCAGAGGGAACUGAGGACUUCACGAAGCACCACUUAACUGGUCGAAGCACCACUUAACUGGUCGGAAGGAUUGAGAGCAUAGUUUCUGGGAUUGUGGAAUUUAUAAAAGCUCCCAGGGCUAUUUCUGAGCAGUAGAGGUUACAAGUACUCCACUGAACAACCAGUUCCAAGUCCUAUCAUCAAAUCCUAUGUUCCUGUUCCUAAUGGUAACAGAUGUAUAUUUCUUUUACUUAAAAAAAUGAGUGUAACUAGUAUUGCAUUAAGAGUUGAAACCUGGCUUUUAGCUACAUGGCAUGUUAAAGUACCUGUAAUGUGGUUGGAAGCUUGUAUUAACUGGAUCCAAGAAGAAAAUGAUAAUAUUAAUUUGAGCCAAGCACAAAUAAAUAAACAAGUUUUUGAGCAAUGGCUCCUUACCGAUCUGAAAGAUUUAGAGCAUCCUCUUUUACCUGAUGACAUUUUAGAACUUCCAAAAGGAGAGCUGAAUGGAUCUUUUGCUCUGCAGAUCAAUUCAUUGGUUGAUGUAAGUCAGCCUGCAUAUUCCCAGAUGCAAAAGUUGAGAGGAAAGAAUACUAUGAAUGAGUUAAUUACAGCUGAAACACAAGUAACCCAAAAGCCUUGGGAAGCCAAGCCUUCACGAAUGUUGAUGCUACAGCUAACUGAUGGAAUUAUACAAGUGCAGGGAAUGGAAUAUCAGCCUAUUCCAGUUCUUCAUAGUCAUCUUCCUCCAGGAACAAAAAUUUUGAUUUAUGGAAUCAUUUCUUUUCGUCUUGGUGUUCUCUUAUUGAAACCAGAAAAUGUGAAGGUGUUGGGAGGAGAAGUAGAUGCUCUUUUAGGGGAAUAUGCCCAAGAAAAAGUACUUGGAAGAUUAAUUGGGGAGCCUGAUCCUAUAGUUUCAGUCAUACCAAAUAAUUCUAACCAUAACAUCCCUAGAAAUACAGAUGAUCUAGAGCUUGCAUUAGAACCUUCUGAUGAAGAACUCUUGGCAAGUCUGGAUGAAAACGAUGAACUUGCAGCAAAUAAUGACACCUCCUUGGAAAGAAGAUGUUUCAGCAUAGGUAGUUCCUCAAAUACUAUUCCCACAAGACAGACAAGUUUUGAACAAGGACUUGUUAUUUCUCCAAGACCAAAGGAGAAACUACCAAAUCAAUCUAUGCAUUUCACUGAUGGGGAAUUAGAUGACUUUUCCUUAGAGGAGGCCUUGCUUUUAGAAGAAGUUCUCCAGAAAGAACAAAUGGAGACUAAAGAAUUGCAGCCGUUGCCUUUGAACAGAAUACCAGAUGACAGUAUAACAAGAUCUUCACAUAUGCCUAAUACUCCAAAUAAUUUUUCAUUAAUUGGCAAAAAUGGAAAUGAUAAUUGGAAUGAAAAUAAUUUAUCUGAACAAAUGACUGAUGAAGACCACAACAAUAGUGUUUUUUCAGUUAAUCAUAAUGUAUCCAUAACCCACAGUUUUUCAAAUAAAGAUAAGAACUCAGAGACAGAUGAUAAAGUAAAACAAACCAUCAGUUCAAAUGUACAUUCCUUAAAUAAUACAAUAUUAAAUAGAGAACUGGUCAGUUAUGUACCAAAAAGGAGUUCACAAAUUUAUAAUGGAAAUGAUCAGCAUUUACAGAAUUGUUCUUUAAAAUCAUCAGAGAACAGCACUAAACUUUCUAUCAUGGAUUUAUAUUCUCCGCCUUUUAUCUAUUUAUCUAUUCUAAUGGCCAGCAAACCAAAGGAAGUUAUAACAGUGAAAAUCAAAGCCUUUAUCGUAACCUUAACUGGAAAUCUCUCAAGUUCUGGUGGCAUUUGGAGUAUAACAGCAAAAAUUUCUGAUGGAACUGCAUAUCUAGAUGUAGACUUUGUAGAUGAAAUACUUGCUAGUCUGAUAGGGUUUUCAGUAGCAGAAAUGAAAAAGUUAAAAAAGGACCCUCCUCAAUAUCAGAAGUUCCUGGAGGGUUUGCAGAAAUGUCAGCGAGAUCUAAUAGAUUUGUGCUGUCUAAUGACUAUUUCAUUUAAUCCUUCCUUGUCUAAAGCAAUGGUACUGGCAUUGGAAGAUAUUAAUGUGGAACACCUUGAUAACCUAAAGAAGCGAUUGAAUAAGUAAUUUACUAAAAUAAUAUUAGAAAUAUUUAGAAUUAUAUUUGUCCUUUUAUUUUUGAAACUUUUCAUAAAAGGGGAAAAAUGUUUCACAACUUAUUUCAAUUUAAAAGUGUUUAAUAAUGUUUGUUUAGGUACUUUUAAUAAAAUUUUUUAUUAGAUGAACUUGACUCCUGUUGUUGAGAAAUUGGUUUCCCACUGAUUUCAUGUAAGAUGAUUGCUAGAAUAUUGUAUUAAUGUUUAUUGAUGUGUCAUAUUGUUGAAAGUUAAUUUUAAAUAGUUGUAUUUCUGAUAUAUUGAGUAUUCCAAAAUGUUUGUUCAGGGGUUGAGAAUGUCUGGCCCACAGGUUGUAUGAGGCUCAUGAAAUCAAGGCCAACCCAUGUAGGGUGAGCUAAUUAAAUGUUUAACCAAAUAUGGCAGACUAAUUUUUAAGUUGAUGAUUUUGUAUGGCCUGCAAAUGAUGCUAUAAAUAUCCAAAUGGCUGUGGCAGAAAAAAGGUUCCCCACCCCUGUUUUACAUUAUUAUACUUAGGAAAAUAUAAACCAGUUAAUCAGAAUGCCAGGUUUUCAGAUGCAAAUUGUCUUACUGGUUUUUAUUUUGCUGAUUUUAAAUAUUUUGUAUGUCUAAGUUAAAUAUUAUGUAAACAAGAUGCCAUUUCAGAGAAUAUAUUGAAAUGUUAAAAGAAAAAAACCAAAACCUUAUUUUUAAGAAUCAUUUAUUUUUAAAUAACAUUGAAAUUUCAUUAAGGUCCAGUAAAUACUUCUUUUUCUUUUUGGGGGUUAAAAUAAGAUAUCAUCCUCUUUCUGAAUUAGCUCUGCGUAUGUAAGCCUCUCUAGUUAUUUUUGGAAGUGCUGAAUUUUUUUUUUUUUUAUGAGAGAUUGUUUUUCAUUUUUCCAUUUUGCUAUUAAAAAAGCCACAUUUCAAAGUUAAGAUUA